CGCUGUAUUUGUGAUUGGACGAUUGAAUCAGUAAUCAGUGAGCGAGCGAGGAAGCGAGUGAACGAACAAACGUUCCAUCUGAGUAAACGCGCUCGUUUUUCCACUCGUGAAUACUCAACCACCGUCGGCCUCCGUGUGGGUAUGUGCGCGAUUCGUCCAAAUUAGUGUGCAAUUUCAGAUACCGAGAGUGAGCCCCGCUUUUCCAAUUUUUGAUUGUUCUUUCCACAUUUUUUAUCGUCCCUCGAGACACGUUGCAAGCGACGACUUAACGUAAAGGGUAUUGUCUGUUGGCUAUUUAUUCCGUUGCUUAAACCCGAGAUUGAACGACGCUCGCAUCGGGAAGAGAAAGAAAAAAAAAACUACAAGAACAGGACAAACGUUUACGUAGAAUGAGCUGUGCGGAUACUCGAAACAGCGCGAACAAACAGCAAGGAUCGUGUGUUCUUUAUUGAGUCAAUCUCUUUUUCUCUACAUUGGAUAGAUAUUCCGCUCAACAUGGUUCACCUGCGGCGCAAGAUUUUAUCCUUUGGAAAUCUGAUUAACCAGCUACAGCAGAGCGUUAGAUGGAGCUCUUCUUUGAAAACUAAAGACAAGAACUCUAUACAACCGCAACGUUUCUUUAAGUACGCAGAUUUGUCUGUCCGUCUCGCUGGUCCAGAACAGUUAAAUCCUAAGCCCGACGUUAAUAAGCUUUCAUUUGGAAAAUAUUUCACUGAUCACAUGCUCAAGAUACAUUAUUACGAAGGCAUGAAUGGUUGGCAGGCACCAGAAAUUAUGCCCUUCGAAAACAUAGUCCUUCAUCCAGCUGCGAAAGUACUUCAUUACGCUGUAGAGUUGUUUGAAGGUAUGAAAGCUUAUAGAGGUGUUGAUGGCAAAAUAAGAUUGUUUAGACCAGAACUAAAUAUGGAGAGAAUGAAUAAUUCAGCAAUAAGAGUGGGUCUGCCUCCUUUCAGAGGGGAAGAAUUAAUUAAGUGUAUUUGUAGAUUGAUUAGUAUAGAUCAAGAAUGGGUUCCACAUUCUACCGCCUCUAGUCUUUACAUUCGUCCCACGCUUAUAGGCAUCGACCCUACGCUUGGAGUCGUAGCCUCGGAUUCAGCUUUAUUGUAUGUAAUCCUAUCUCCCGUCGGCUCUUACUUUAAACCUACAGAUGUGCAAGUCGGGGUUUCCCUGCUUGCAGAUCCUAGAUAUACGAGAGCAUGGCCUGGCGGUUGCGGUAAUGCUAAAGUAGGCAGUAAUUACGGACCUACGAUUCAAGUUCAACAGGAGGCUACCGAAAAAGGUUUACAGCAAGUACUGUGGUUAUACGGCGAAAACAAUGAACUCACAGAAAUUGGCGCUAUGAACGUCUUUGUUGUUUGCAUAAAUGAUAAUGGAGAAAGAGAAUUACUUACACCACCCCUAAACGGCUUAAUUUUACCCGGAAUUGUGAGAAAGUCGCUUCUAACUAUAUCUAGACAAUGGAAUCAAUUUCAAGUUACGGAGAGAAUUAUUACGAUGAAAGAAAUCAUACAGUUACUUUCAGAGAACAGACUGUUGGAAAUAUUCGGAGCAGGAACAGCAUGCGCAAUUAGUCCCGUAUCUUAUAUUGAUUUCCAAGGUCAAGGGUUACAUAUACCGACAACGGAACAACCCGAACCAAUUUAUCAAAUGCUCAAGAAAUAUUUACUAGAUAUUCAAUACGGUGUUAUACCCGAACAUCCAUGGAGUUUAGUCAUCGAGUAAAAAAAUUAUAUAUAUAUAUAUAUAAUAUUAUAUAUAUUUUAUAUUAUAUUAUAUAUAUUUAAAAAGUCAUAUACAUAUUUGUAUAUACACAUAUAUGACUCUUUUAAUGACUUAUGUGGAACGAGUUAAAUUAAUAUUUAUUUAUACUUGUGAUUACUCCUUGUGAAGAAAGUUUACUGUGUAAAAUACUUUUUUAGAGACCGUGCUAUGUUUAGAAACUUUUCGUUUCACAUACUAUUGUAGGUAGCUUUUUCUCUCUAAUAUAAUCAUAUAUACAUAAAUUUUAUACAUAAUGCUGACGACUAUAUAUAUAAU